GCGAAGGGGAAGGACACUCAGGUGUGUCCUGGGCGCGAGGCCCUGCGCGCGGGGCGCGGGUGGUUGCGGGGAGCGCGCUGCGGCCCACCUGCACUUGGGGGAGGGGCCGUGUGUCGGCCAUUGAUUGGCGCUGCCUGGCGCAGCCCGGGCCCCUGCAGCAGACUGCGGCGCUCGUCAGACCUGAGCAGUCGUCCUGGCUGCGCUCGGGGAGGGAGCCUGCAGCCUGAGGCAGGGGCCACCAUGGCGCAGCCUCCAGGCCCAGCUACCCUCCCGCACACACUGCUGUUCCUUCUGGCCUUUCUGAGCUCAGGUUGGGGAGAGCUGGCACCACAAAUUGACAUUGAUGGUCAGACCUGGGCUGAGAAGGCACUUCGGGAGAAUGAGCGCCACGCCUUCACCUGCCGGGUGGCUGGGGGGCCUGGCACCCCUCGGCUGGCCUGGUACCUGGAUGGACAGCUGCAGGAGGCCAGCACCUCCAGACUGCUGAGCGUGGGUGGGGAGGCCUUCUCCGGAGGCACCAGUACCUUCACUGUCACUGCCCAGCGGGCCCAGCAUGAGCUCAACUGCUCCCUGCAGGACCCAGGCAGUGGCCGGCCAGCCAGCGCCUCCGUCAUCCUCAACGUGCAAUUUAAGCCGGAGAUUGCUCAGGUCGGAGCCAAGUACCAGGAAGCACAGGCCCCAGGCCUCUUGGUUGUCCUUUUUGCCCUGGUGCGUGCCAACCCACCUGCCAACGUUACCUGGAUAGACCAGGAUGGGCCAGUGACUGUCAACACCUCCGACUUCCUGGUGCUGGAUGCCCAGAACUACCCGUGGCUCACCAACCACACCGUGCAGCUCCAGCUCCGCAGCCUGGCACACAACCUCUCAGUGGUGGCCACCAACGAUGUGGGUGUCACCAGUGCCUCCCUUCCAGCCCCAGGGCUCCUGGCCACCCAGGUGGAAGUGCCACUGCUGGGCAUCGUUGUGGCUGGAGGACUUGCCCUGGGCACCCUGGUGGGGUUCAGCACCUUGGUGGCCUGCCUGGUCUGCAGGAAAGAGAGGAAGAACAAAGGCCCUUCCCGGCGCCCAUCUCUGAUCUCCAGUGACUCCAACAACCUGAAACUCAACAACGUGCGCCUGCCGCGGGAGAACAUGUCCCUCCCAUCCAACCUUCAGCUCAAUGACCUGACCCCCGAUUCCAGAGGGAGACCAGCCGACCGGCCGAUGGCUCGGAACAGCAGCCGGCCAGAGCUUCUGGACCCGGAGCCCGGCGGCCUCCUCACCAGCAGAGGCUUCAUCCGUCUCCCAAUGCUAGGCUACAUCUAUCGAGUAUCCAGCGUGAGCAGCGAUGAGAUCUGGCUGUGAGCUGAGGGCAAGAUGGGGGCGUGCCCUCUUGGCCCCUGGUUACUCUCUCCUUCUCCAAGGCAUCCUCUCCCUGGCCUCACUGCCAGUGUGAAGAGGCCAUGCCACUGCCACUUCUGCUUGCCCUCCUGUUUGGGGUGUCCUCUGUGUCAUCUACAUGAUGAGUGUCACCGGGACCUGUCGCCCAGAGGCACAGGUAUCCUUGGCAAGGCUGCCAGCUGGACUUCCACCCAUCACUCUAACUUAGGUUGGCCUCGGGGACCUGCAUGUGAUAACCCUGGUGUGUUCAAAUGCCACCCAGCAUCUCAGUGUGGCAUGGCCUGGUUCACUUGGGCCUGCUGUCUGCCCCAGGCCAGUACCCUCAGCACCUGGUAGAGUAGGCAUGGGGCAUGCCUGGAUGAGGAACAGGGAGGGCCCUGCAUGUCUUGAUUUCCUUCCCGUGCUAUGCAGCUUUAUUCCCUCAGGGAAAGUUUAGGACCCUGCUAGCUGUAGAGAACCAAACUGCCCUUUGCACAGGAACCAGUCCCUGGCCCAGGGGCACUGGCCAAGCACAAACUAGUCCCUUUUGCUGCAUACCUCCCUGCCCUUCUCUGCCCCUGCUUCCUCCUGGGCAUCAUAGAUAGACUUGGGACCUCCUCCACCUUCCUACUAGCACUAGAAUUCCCCAUUGGCCUGGCCCCUGGAGGUGCCAGUGCCUGGUGUCUGCACAAGUUGGGAAGGAAAAGGAGGUGAGGAGACCCAGGAGAGCAUGUAGCUGUGCAUCAUUUUCUUAGCAUAAGCACUUUAAGCUCAAAGGGGUGAGUAAGGGUCCCAGGGUCCCCUCUGUGUCCUCCCCUGACACUGGCCUUCCUAGGAUUCACUGUGAGUGCCCUGAGGCCUCAGGGUUGACCAUUUCCCUCCCAACAUGUCUUCCCCACUCCCACCCUCCAUGGGAUCCUGGCCCUGAGCACCCCUAGCUGCCCCAUCAGCAGGAAACACUGCUCCUGCUCCAUCCUCUGCUUUGUAGAGGACGGUCACAGUGGGCACAGAAUCUGACAGUGCCGGAAGCUUUAGGGCUACACAGAGAAAAAGGGAAACCACAUACCCCAAAGUGACCUAAGAAAAGUUUAAAAAGCAAAAUGGAUAUGAUUACAAAUUAAUAUAGUGCAGAGUUUAUUUUUCCCUUGAUAUCUUGUUCUGUAAUUUUUCUCAUACUACUGCUUAGGACAGUGCCGAGCACGCAGUAAAUUCAAUAAACUUGACUGAGUGAAUUCA